CCAUCAUAACAACAUAAUAGUUUAAACUAUGUUUUGAGGCUAUACAGUCUUUGUUUACAUUUACUUUGUUUACAAACAUUGGAGUAAAACAAGCUUAAACAUUUCAAGAAGCAAUGGGUACGUAUUAUAAAUGUAUACGUUUUUUAAAAAUCCAUGUAGCAACUGCAGAUUGCCCCUAAUCACGUUUUUUUAUGAAAGACACAUUUCAAAGCUGUAAACAUAUUAUGAUCAUUAUAUUCACACUUUUUUCUAUCUACAAUAAGUUUCAAUGAUUGAAUCAUCGAUGUUGCAUUCUCUCGCUGCCUAUUAUGCUGCUGAUUAGCUACAUUUGCAUUUGGAUGCUCCCCACUGUCAAUCCCGUUUACUUCCAGGGACGAAAAAAAGUAACGUUUUAACUGCGGCAGAGAGGGAGUUCAGACUAUUUUUGCAUUGGCUUAUAUCAAUUGUGUAUAUUUUCAUAUACCGAUGUCACUCGUGAGGACCAUUACCGUAAGCCUACAGCUGUUACAACGUCAUUAAGAUAGUCUCGUGUGGACACGGUGGACUAGAGUCUACUAAACGGACCACGACCGAGGCGCGCGCACAGUAGCAGGCUGAAGACGCAGUCUACUUCGCCCUGAUGUUUGAGUGACUGAGUGACUGCUGUAAAAAGGAGGAAGAAUAAAGGCAACGGAAAUCUUAAAUGAACUAGUUCCUCCCCUUCUGAAGUGUAGGGAAUAGCCAAACUUCCUGCAGCCGCCACCAUGAACCUCUCCAACGAGACGACUCCACAGUGCUUCUCCAUCAACAAUCCCCCCUUCAACUUCCCCCACACCAUUGCUUCCAUCUACUUCUCCACUGUGUUCAGCCCUCUGGGCCUCACCUUCAACCUCAUCGCCUUUGUGGUCCUCCUCAAGUCCUUCCAGCGCACGCACAGCCGCUCACGUUCCUCCUUCCUCGUCUUCCUCUGCGGCCUGGUGGUCACCGACUUCAUGGGCCUCCUGGUCACCGGCAUUAUCGUGAUCACCUUCCACUUCACCCAGUUCAACUGGCGCCGCCUGGACCCGCACUGCCACUUCUGCAACUACAUGGGCAUGUCCAUGGUCUUCUACGGCCUGUGCCCACUGCUGCUGGGCGCCACCAUGGCUGUGGAGCGCUUCGUGGGCAUCAACCGGCCGUUCGCCCGCUCGACCAGCAUGACCAAGUCGCGGGCCGUGUGCAUAGUGCUGAUGGUGUGGGCGGUAGCGGGAUGCAUCUCACUACUGCCCCUGGUGGGUGUGGGGAGCUACCACAUGCAGAUACCAGGCUCCUGGUGCUUCUUCAACAUUAGCUCUAAGGCUAGCGACAUGGUCUUCUGUCUACUCUUCUCUCUGGUCGGGCUGCUGUCCAUAGCCGUGUCCUUCCUGCUCAACACGGUGAGCGUGGUGACCCUGGUCAAGGUGUGCUGCGGCCAGGACGGCAUGCAGCGUCGCCGCGACUACGAGGUGGAGAUGAUGGUGCAGCUCAUCUGGAUCAUGAUGAUCGCUACCAUCUGCUGGUGCCCCCUGCUGGUGUUUAUUGCGCAGACUGUGUUGUCAGAGAGCCCACUUCAGGUCCGCAACCUGCUGCUCUUCAUCCGUUUCGCCACCUGGAACCAGAUCCUGGACCCCUGGGUGUACAUCCUGUUUCGGCGCGCCGUCCUUAAGCGCCUCUACCCCAACUGGGACUGGUCCCGGGGCUCCAUAAGGACCCUGUACCCGGCCUCCUUCGUCGGCACCAUCCGCCGGUUCACCCGUUCUUCCCUGGGCGGUGAUGUCCUGGGGGGUGUCGAAAGGCGUGUGUCAGUUGAAACCCAGUCAUUUAACGUGAAGGCUCCACCUUCAUCGCCUUGACUGUUUCCUGUUGUUGUGCCUUGGUACUCCUCCUUGUCAGUGACAUUUUUAUUUAUAUGUUUUUUAGGUGCUGUUUAAACAGUUCUAAAAAGAGACUGAACAUGGAUACAGCUGUGGCAUUCCACUGGGCACAAACAGGUUGAAUAAACGUAUUGUGACGUGGAAUCUGUACAUUGGAAUUGAAAAAAUGUCAAAUGUUUUUUUAAACCACAAGGUUAUGUUGUCAUUGUAACCAAUUUUCAACAUAGACAAACCUUGUAUGAAAUAUUCUGCAUUUGUAUCUUUAAAACAAUGGCAGAAACUCAACGUUAUAUCCACUAUCAGAAGAAGAAGAAAAAACAACAGGCUGAGCAGCACCUCCUACUGGAGAAAUGAUCUAUCUACAACUAUAAAUGUAGUUUCCCAUCCAGGGUUUCCACCAAGCUCAGCCCUACUUAGUUGUUAUGUACUAUGUCACUGACUACUACCAAUGUGCUAUUGUGAGAAUGAUUAUUGAGAGAUCUCUUAAUAACUAAAUAUAUUCACUGGUGCUAUCAAAGUACUUCCAAAGGGUAGGUUUAACAGAGCAAAUGAAAUGUAACCAUACUUUAUAAGUCAUGUAUCAUCAAUUAUACUAUUUAGGCCUAUAUAGUAUUUGCAAAGUCAUCAACAGCUAUUGUUUCAAUUCAACCAUGGUAAAAAAAAUUACAUUGGCAACCAGUUUAUAAUCGCAAUAACCCUCAGGGGUUUGUGGUAUAUGGCCAAUAUACCACGGCUUAGAGCUGUGUCCGGGCACACGUUGCGUGGUGUGUAAGAAUAGACCUCGGGCUGUAUUGCUUAAAUAGACAAUACAUAUAGGCUUAGGGUUUCAAGCUUUGGUUCAUUUCAAAUUUACUCUUCAAGGUAAUUAUUAAUAUGUUGUAUUCAUGUUUCCAUCUCAACCAAAAAUGUAAGUUAAAGAAUAUGGACUAAAUUUAAAUCAAAGUUUAUUUAAUGUGCAUUUAAAGUUUGAUUUGAUUUAAUUUAGUCCUAUUCUUUAAGUUAGAUUUUUGUUUGAGAUGGAGACGUGAAUCCAACAAUUAAUUUGUAGACAAACUGAGUGUUGAAUUGGGUUUGACUGUCUACGCAGGUAAAUAUCACCAUAGAUAUUCUGUUUGGAAGAUAUAGUCCUGAAACAAAUCUUGGGUUGCGACCCAGUAGUUCAGUCUUUUUGUUCUGUAUCUAUGGACCCGUCCCAGUCAUUCAGUCUUUUUGUUCUGUAUCUAUGGACCCGUCCCAGUCAUUCAGUCUUUUUGUUCUGUAUCUAUGGACCCGUCCCAGUCAU